AUGUCCCAAUUCGUUAUCGCCUUUCUCACCAUAUCGGGAUUAUUUUCACACAUCGAGCCCCUGGUCGCCUCGGACUCGGCGGAAGAGCUCCUGUCAGCGUGCCACGAGCUCCGGUGUCGCUACGGCUGCGUCAUGACGAGGAACGGCACCUUCUGCUUCUGUGCCGACGGCUUCGAGGUGGGAGAUGACGGCACCAGCUGUAGAGAUCAUGAUGAAUGUGCCGUGUAUGGCGCAUGCAGCCAAACCUGCAUGAACACCUACGGGUCGUACAGAUGCAGCUGCACGGAGGGAUACAUCCUGCAGCCUGACAGGGUCUCCUGCAGAGCCAAACAAGACGCCGGGGACAGCCCCCCUGUGCUGUUGCUGAGUGGACCGGACCGCAUCGCCAUCACCCAGCUCAACGGAUCGGGGCCGCAGCCCCUGCGCUCGCUGGACGCCAACGGGAGCCUGGCGCUGGACUUCCGGCACGCCGCCGGGACGGCCUGCUGGGUGCUGGCCGGCGAGACCUCCGGACAGCUGCGCUGCGCCAAGAUGAGGAACCUGAGGGGCUUCACGCAGGAGCAGGAGAUCAAGACCCUGCACAGCAUGCAUAACGUGGAAUACAUGGCGAUAGACUGGCUGACGGGCAACUACUACUUCGUAGACCGCGUCAGCGACAAGAUCUUUGUGUGCACCUCUGCUGGGGAGACAUGCGUCACCAUCCUGCACCUGGACCUGGUGAAUCCCAAAGGAGUGGCCCUGGAUCCUCUCAUGGGGAUGCUGUUCUUCACCGACUGGAACGUGGCCAAGCUGGAGCGCUGCAACAUGGACGGCACCAACCGCACGCGGCUGGUGACGGAGCACGUGGAGCAGCCCACGGCCGUGGCGCUGGACCUGGUGAGGAAGCUGGUGUACUGGGCCGACGCCUACCUGGACUACGUGGACGUGGUGGACUACCACGGGGGGAACCGGCACACCAUCAUCCAGGGGAGCCAGGUGGGUCUUCCUCCCGGUUUGCUGUUGCGGUUGUUCUUGUCGGUCGGCCUCCGGGGCUACCUGGCCUUGUGCCGAUGUGCCUUGAGGCAAGGCACUGGUUUUUUCCGGGGAAAUGUUUUGGGACAUUGCAUGAUCUUGAGAUGGGUUAGGGCAAUGCUAGUAAAAGUCUCCCGGGUGCGCCCCGCGUGUGUCUGCCCCGAGUCCUCAGUCGACGGCGGGCCCGCCCAGCCCUGCCAGGCAGACCAGUUCUCCUGUCAGAACGGCCGCUGCAUCCCCCAGGCCUGGAGCUGCGACCGAGACGACGACUGUGGCGACAAGUCAGACGAAACGUCCUCCUGCGCCUUCCCCACGUGUGAACCGCUGACUCAGUUCAGUUGCUCCAACGGCAGAUGCGUCAGCGCCAAGUGGCACUGUGAUUCAGAGGACGACUGCGGCGACGGGAGCGACGAGGAGGGGUGCGUCCACUCCUGCUCCAACAACCAGUUCCGCUGCUCCAGCGGCCGCUGCAUCCCCGACCACUGGGCCUGCGACGGGGACAACGACUGCGGGGACUUCAGCGACGAGAACACCACCUGCGGAGGCUCGUCAGCCAUCUUCCCGCCCGCCAUCGAGUGCAGCGGCGAGGAGUUCCACUGCGUGGUGGACGGCACGUGCAUUCCCGAGCGCUGGAGGUGCGACGCCGACAAGGACUGCGACGACGGCACCGACGAGAGCGGCUGCGAGGGAACCAAGAGGAUGUGCGACCCCAAGGCCAAGUUCACCUGCAAAGACACCGGGAAGUGCAUCACCAAGAGCUGGGUUUGCGACGGCGAUAUCGACUGCGAAGACCGCUCGGACGAGGAGUCCUGCGAGACGGCCGUCUGUAAGCCGCCCAAGUACCCGUGCGCCAACGACACCUCGGCUUGCCUCACGCCCGACAAGAUCUGCAACGGCAAGGUGGACUGCGCCGACCGCUCCGACGAAGGGCCCAUCUGCGACAGGUGCCUGGUGGCGCGCGGCGGCUGCAGCCACCAGUGCACCGUGGCCCCGGGGAAGGGCGUGGUGUGCUCCUGUCCCCCGGGCCUCCACCUGGACGCCGGCAACAAGACCUGCGAGGCGGUGGACUACUGCAGCCGCCACCUGCGCUGCAGCCAGGUGUGUGAGCAGUACAAGACCACCGUCAAGUGCUCCUGUCGCCCCGGCUGGAGACUGGACCCGGACGGAGACACCUGUCACAGCACGGAUCCCUUCGAGGCAUUCAUCAUUUUCUCCAUCCGCCACGAGAUAAGAAGGAUAGACCUGCACAAGCGGGACUACAGCCUGCUGGUGCCGGGCCUGAGGAACACCAUCGCCCUGGACUUCCACUUUAAUCACAGCCUGCUGUACUGGACCGAUGUGGUGGAGGAUAAGAUCUAGGGCAGGCUCUCCGAGACCGGCGGUACGGCGCUCACCACUGCGACCAAUCCGUGCGAGGCGAACGAGGGCCGUGGCCCCUGCUCGCACCUGUGCCUCAUCAGCUACAACCGCACGGCAUCCUGCACGUGUCCACACCUCAUGAAGCUGGCGCCUGACCAGCUGUCGUGCUUCGCGCUGAAGAAGUUCCUGCUGUACGUGCGUCGCUCUGAGAUCCGCGGCGUGGACACGGACGACCCGUACAUGAACGUGAUGACGGCGCUGACGGUGCCAGACAUCGACGACGUGACGGUGGUGGACUACGACGCGCAGGAGGAGCGCAUCUACUGGGCCGACGUCAAGACGCAGACCAUCAAGAGGGCCUUCAUCAACGGCACGCAGCUGGAGACCGUCAUCUCGGGAGACAUAGUGAACUGCCGCGGCCUGGCGCUGGACUGGCUGUCCAGGAACUUGUACUGGCUCAGCACGGAGAACGAUGAGUCACAGAUCAAUGUGGCGCGUCUGGACGGCUCCCUGAAGACCUCCGUGGUCCACGGCAUCGAUAAGCCCCGGUGUCUGGUGGUGCACCCCGCCAAAGGGAAAAUCUAUUGGACCGACGGCAACACCAUCAACAUGGCCCACAUGGACGGCAGCAACAGCAAGGUUCUCCAUCAGAACCAGAGGGAGCCAGUGGGCCUGUCGUUCGACUAUGCCGCCAGCAAGCUGUACUGGAUCAGCUCCGCCAACGGCACCAUCAACAGGUGCAACCUGGACGGCAGCGGGCUGGAGGUGCUGGAGGCCGCGAAGAAGGAGCUGGCCAGGGGCACCGCUCUGGCCGUCAUGGGUGGGAAACUGUGGUGGGCGAACGAGGAGUCGGCCCAGCUGGGUACGGUGAACAAGCGGGAUGGGCGGAACCUGCUGGUGCUGCGCAACAAGACCAGCGGGGUGGUGCACAUGAAGGUGUACGACCGCGAGGGUCAGAGAGGCAGGAACCCGUGCCAGGCCAACAACGGGGGAUGUUCCCAGCUCUGUUUCCCCACCUCGGAGAACUCGCGCAGCUGUUCCUGCACCCUGGGCUACAACCUGCGCACCGACCGCAUGUCCUGCGAGGGCGUGGACUCCUUCCUGAUGUACUCCAUCCACGAGGGGAUCCGCGGCAUCGCCUUGGACGCCAACGACAACACAGAGGCUCUCAUGCCCAUCACCGGCACUCUGUUUGCCGUCGGAGUGGACUUCCACGCGGGAAAUGACACGGUGUACUGGACCGACAUGGGUCUGAACAGGAUUUCCAGAGCCAAGCGUGACCAGACCUGGAGGGAGGAUAUCAUCACCACGGGAAUCAGCCGCGUGGAAGGCAUCGCCGUGGAUUGGAUCGCCGGAAACCUUUACUGGACGGACCACGGUUUCAAUCUGAUCGAGAUCUCCCGUCUCUCCGGGGCCUACCGUUCCGUGGUCAUAUCCGAGGGGCUGGAUCAGCCCAGGGCAAUCGCUGUCCAUCCUCACAAAGGGUAUCUCUUCUGGAGCGAGUGGGGGCAGAACCCCUGCAUCGGGCGUUCACGCCUGGACGGCUCCGACCAGGUCACCUUGGUCAACUCGGGCAUCACCUGGCCCAACGGCAUCUCCAUAGACUACGAGGAAAACAGAUUAUACUGGUGUGACGCCCGCACCGACAAGAUCGAGAGGAUCAACCUGGAGACGGGCGAGGGCCGGGAGAUUGUACUGUCAGCGGCCAACGUGGACCUCUUCUCUGUGGCUGUGUUUGGCCCUUACAUCUACUGGUCUGACAGAGCCCACUCCAACGGAUCCAUCCGGAGAGGCUUCAAGAACGACGCCACGGACGCAGUGACCAUGAGGAGCGGCCUGGGCGUCAACCUGAAGGACGUCACCGUCUUCAAUCGAGGCCGGGAGAAAGGAACCAACCCCUGUGCCCGGAGUAACGGAGGCUGCCAGCAGCUGUGCUUCCACCUGGGCAGCGGGCGGCGCACGUGCUCCUGCGCCCACGGCCACCUGGCCGCCGACGGUUUCGCCUGCGAGCGCUACGAGGGCUACCUGCUCUACUCCGAGCGGACCAUCCUCAAGAGCAUCCACCUGUCGGACGAGAGCGACCUGAACUCGCCCGUGCAGCCCUUCGAGAAGCCCGCCUUCUUCAAGAACGUCAUUGCGUUGGCGUUCGACUACAGCCAGGCGACGGCGGGCAGCAACCGCAUCUUCUACAGCGACAUCCACUUUGGAAACAUCCAGAUGAUCAACGACGACUGGACGGGGAGGGUGAUCAUAGCAGAAAAUGUGGGCUCUGUGGAGGGCCUGGCAUACCACCGGGCCUGGGACACACUGUACUGGACCAGCUCCACCUCCUCCACCAUCAGCAGGAAGACUGUGGACCCCAAACGGGCAGGCGCCUUCAGUCGACAGGCGGUGGUCACUCUGUCCGAGGAAGACCACCCGCACGUCCUCGCUCUGGACGAGUGUCAAAACCUGAUGUUUUGGACCAACUGGAACGAGCAGAGGCCCAGCAUCAUGAGGUCGACACUGGCUGGCAACAACUUGAGGGUCAUCGCCAGCACUGAUAUCCUGACCCCCAACGGACUCACAAUCGACCACAAGGCAGAGAAGUUGUACUUUUCGGACGGAAGCCUGGGCCGCAUCGAGAGAUGUGACUACGACGGUUCUAACAGAUAUGUCAUCGUCAAAUCAGGGCCCGGGACCUUCUUCGGCCUGGCCAUCCACGGAGACUUCAUCUUCUGGUCGGACUGGGCCCGUCGGGCAGUGCUGCGCUCCAACAAGUUCACGGGAGGGGACACCAAGGUGCUGCGUGCGGACAUACCCCACCAACCCAUGGGGAUCAUCGCCGUGGCCAGAGACACCAACAACUGCGAGUUGUCGCCAUGCCGACACCAGAAUGGAGGCUGCGGUGACCUCUGUCUGCUGACCCCGGACGGCCGGGUUAAUUGUACAUGCCGGGGCGAGCGUGUGUUACUGGAUGACAACAGAUGCGUGUCAGAGAAUUCCUCCUGCAACAUACACACAGAGUUUGAAUGCGGGAACGGCCAGUGCAUUAACUACCAGCAAACAUGUGAUGGAGUGGCCCACUGCAAAGACAAGUCGGACGAAAAGAUGCAAUACUGUGACAACCGGAGCUGCCGGAAGGGCUUCAGACCCUGCUACAACCAGCGCUGCGUAGCCAACAGCCGCUUCUGUGACGGCACGGACGACUGCGGCGAUAACUCGGACGAGGCCUUCUGUAUCAAUGUCACGUGCAGCGCAUCGGAGUGGGCCUGCCACGACGGGAGCUGCGUCUCCGGCUCAGCCUGGUGUAACCAGGUCAUCGACUGUGCUGACGCCUCCGACGAAAAGAGCUGCAACCACACAGACUGCUCUCACUUCUACAAGCUGGGUGUGAAAGAGAGGGGCUUCAUCAGCUGCAACUCCACCUCGCUGUGCAUCCACCCGUCGUGGAUCUGCGACGGCGCCAACGACUGCGGCGAUUACACCGACGAGUCCAACUGUCAGGUGUCCCACGCGCAGCAGUGUGAGGAGGGUCACUUUGCGUGUCCCAGCGGGAACUGCAUCUCCAGCGUGUGGCUCUGCGACGGCCAGAAGGACUGCGAGGACGGGGCCGACGAGUUCCAGUGCGACUCGUCCUGCCUGUGGAACCAGUUCGCCUGCUCCAAGAACAAGUGCAUCGCCAAGCAGUGGUUGUGCGACGGCGAGAACGACUGCGAGGACGGCCUCGACGAGAGCCUGCAGAUCUGCGGCUCCGUGACGUGCGCCCCGGGGCUCUUCAGCUGCCCGGGGUCCUUCGCCUGCGUGCCCAAGCGCUGGCUCUGCGACGGCGAGAGGGACUGCCCCGACGGGAGUGACGAGCUGUCUGCGGCCGGCUGCGCGCCCAACAACACGUGCGACGACAGCUCGUUCCGCUGCCGCAACAAAGCCUGCAUCCCCCAGAGGUUUGUCUGCGAUCACGACGACGACUGUGGGGACGGGUCCGACGAGUCGGUCGAAUGUGUCUAUCGCUCCUGUGGAUCGGAGGAGUUUCGCUGCAGGGACGGCCGCUGCCUCCUCAGCUCUCAGUGGGAGUGUGACGGCCACGCCGACUGUCCCGACCGCUCCGACGAGCUGCCGCUGAACCUCAAGUGUCUGGCCGCAGGGAGUCUGUGCAACGGCUCCUUCUUCAUGUGCUCCAACGGCCGCUGCAUCUCUCAGGCCAGCCUGUGCGACCGGCGCUCCGACUGCGGCGACGGCUCCGACGAGAGGAACUGCGACGUCAACGAGUGCCUGAACCGCCGGGUCAGCGGCUGUACGCAGGACUGCCAGGACCUGCCCGUGGGCUACAAGUGCAAGUGCUGGCCAGGCUUUCGGCUGAAGGACGACGGGAAGACGUGCGUGGACGUGGACGAAUGCUCCUCCAUCCUUCCCUGCAGCCAGCGAUGCAUCAACACCUACGGCUCCUACAAGUGCCUGUGUGUGGACGGCUACGAAGCGUUGGAACGCAGCCCCAACGUCUGCAAGGCUCUGUCAGCCGAAGAGCCUUUCCUCAUCAUGGCAGACCACCACGAGAUCAGGAAGCUGAGUGUGGAUGGCUCCAAUUACACCAUAUUGAAACAGGGUCUGAACAACAUCAUCCACAUAGACUUCGACUACAGGAAGGAGUUCAUCUACUGGGUGGACUCGACCCGGCCCAGCGGACGAAAGAUCAACCGGAUGCGUCUCAACGGGAGCGACCUCAAGGUCGUCCACAAAACGGCAGUUCCCAGUGCCUUGGCGGUGGACUGGAUCGGGAAGAACCUGUACUGGUGCGACGUGGAGAGGAAGACCAUGGAGGUGUCCAAGGCCAACGGCCUCUACCCCACCGUCCUGAUCAGCUCCGGACUCAAGAACCCCACCGACCUGGUCCUCGACCCCCAGACCGGGUACGUGUUCUGGGUAGACUGCUGCGAGGCGCCGCACAUCGGGCGUAUCGGCAUGGACGGCAGCGGCCAGGUGGUCAUCAUCGACACGGAGAUCUAUAGCCCCAUGGCUCUCACCAUCGAUUACACCACGAAGCGGCUGUACUGGGCCGAUGACAAUCACAUCCUGUUUGCCAACAUGGACGGCGCCCAGAGACGCAAAGUGUCGUACGAUCACAUCCAAGGGGUGAUGGCCCUGACCCUGUUUGAGGAUUUCGUGUACUGGACGGAUGGGAAAUCCAAGUCACUGCGACGGGCCCACAAGACAAGCGGCGCCCAGGCCAUUGAACUCCUCAACUCAUGGCAAGCGAUCAAAUCCAUCAAAGUCUACCAUUCCCUGCGUCAGCCCGAAGUCCCCAAGCAUCAGUGUCAGGUUGCCAAUGGAGGGUGCAGCCACCUGUGUCUCCUCUCCCCCGGCGGGGAACACAAGUGUGCCUGUCCCACUAAUUUCUACCUGGCGGCGGACAAUAAGACCUGCCUGUCCAACUGCACCUCCAGUCAGUUCCGCUGCGGGACUGACGAGUGCAUCCCGUUCUGGUGGAAGUGUGACACGGUGGACGACUGCGGCGACGGCUCGGAUGAACCAGCUGACUGCCCGGAAUUCAAAUGUCAACCGGGACGCUUCCAGUGCGGCACGGGUCUCUGUGCGCUCCCUCCCUUCAUCUGCGAUGGAGAGAACGACUGCGGAGACAACUCGGAUGAAGCAAACUGUGAGACGUACAUCUGCCUCUCAGGCCAGUUCAAGUGCAACAAGAAGCAGAAGUGCAUUCCUCUGAACCUGCGCUGCAACGGUCAGGACGACUGCGGCGACGCGGAAGACGAGACGGACUGUCCGGAGAGCACCUGUUCCCCGGAUCAGUUCCAGUGCAAGGCGUCCAUGCACUGCAUCUCCAGGCUGUGGGUGUGCGACGAGGACCCCGACUGUGCCGACGGCUCCGACGAGGCUAAUUGCGAUGAGAAGACCUGUGGCCCCCACGAGUUCCGCUGCGAGAACAACAACUGCAUCCCGGACCACUGGCGCUGUGACAGCCAGAACGACUGCGGAGACAACUCGGACGAGCAGAACUGCAAGCCAGUCACUUGUAAUCACAAAGACUUUCCGUGUUCCAAUGGAGACUGCAUCUCCUCGCGUUUCCGAUGCGACGGGGACUACGACUGUGCGGAUAACUCGGAUGAGAAGGACUGCGAAGCGCGCUGUGCGGAUGAUCAGUUCCGCUGCCACAACAACCUGUGCAUCUCACUCAAGUGGCUCUGUGACGGACAGGAGGACUGCAAGACUGGAGAGGACGAGAGGAACUGCCAGGAAACAGCAGUCCCCUCCUGCUCGCUCAACGAGUACGUGUGUGCCAGUGGGGGGUGUGUGUCGGCCAGCCUGCGCUGUGAUGGACAUGACAACUGUCUAGACGGCUCAGAUGAGAUCGGCUGUGUGAAGGAGUGCAGAGAGGACGAGUUUCUGUGUCUUAACCGCGCCCACUGCAUCCCGCGGCGCUGGCACUGCGACGACGUGUUCGACUGCGUGGACCACAGCGACGAGGAGAGCUGCAGUCAGGGUUCCUUCUUCUGCCGCACCGAUGAAUUUGUCUGCAACAACACCUUAUGCAAACUGCACGCGUGGGUGUGCGACGGCAAGGACGACUGUGGAGACAACUCGGAUGAGGACCAAGACAUGUGUGCCAAACACGCGUGCCCUCCCACCAGGGCGUUCCGUUGCCGCAACGACCGCGUGUGCCUGCGCACGGACCAGGUGUGCAACAAGGUGGACGACUGCGGAGACAACUCGGACGAGGAGGAGUGUGCAGAGGCGGUGGCCGGCAGACCGCGGCCGUGCGGCAAGACGGAGUUCACCUGCGGCAACCAGCGCUGCAUCCCCGCCCAGCUGCAGUGCGACCUCUUCAACGAUUGCGGAGGAGAAAAGAGCUUGGAUGAGCAGGAAUGCAAAGGCCUUUCCAACGGGGACGUAUGUGGGAAGAACACAAACCCCUGCGGGGAGGAUGCAAUCUGUAAUCAAACCAAUGCUAAUGGCGUUUGCCAUUGUAAAGCAGGCUUCAAGAGAGACCAAACAACCAGCCAGUGCCAAGAAAUCAAUGAGUGUCUCAAGUUUGAUGCAUGUGCACACUAUUGCACUAAUACUAAAGGAUCUUUUAAAUGCACAUGCGAUCGGAACUAUAAAGAGGUCAAUGGCAAUUGUAUAGCAAAAGGACCAGAGGAUCGAGUGCUCUACAUUGCUAAUGACACUGAAAUCCGAAGUUUUGUGUAUCCAUUUAACCAGAGCCAUGGACACAAAGUACUCACUCGCAUCGAGGACAAUGCACGCAUUAUUGGAAUGGAUGCACUGGUUCACCAACAAAAAUUUAUCUGGGCUACACAGUUUAACCCUGGUGGACUUUUUUACAAAGAAACCCUAGACAGAAGUCAAACUAAAUCUAAUGUCAAAAACAUUUGCUCAGACUUUCGCCGGCCAAGGGAUGUGUCUGCCGACUGGAUCACGGGCAAUAUCUAUUGGACGGAUCACUCGCGAAUGCACUGGUUCAGCUAUUACACGGCCCACUGGACCAAGCUACGCUACUCCAUAAACGUGGGGCAGCUCAAAGGACCCAAUUGCACCCGGCUGGUGACCGACAUCGCUGGAGAGCCCUACGCCAUCGUGGUCAACCCGGCCCGAGGGAUGAUGUACUGGAGCGUGAUAGGAGACCACUCCCAUAUAGAAGAGUCCGCCAUGGACGGCUCUCUACGCCGGAUACUGCUGGAGAAGAACCUGAGGAGACCGACCGGACUGGCUAUUGAUUAUUUCAAUCAGCGUUUGUAUUGGGCAGACCCCGAGCUCUCGCAGAUCGGCAGUAUUAGAUUGGAUGGCUCUGACCCUCUGGUGACAAUCAGCGAGAGACACGGCGUCUCCCAGCCCUACCGGAUCAAUAUAUUUGAGGACUACAUCUACGGCACGGGGCUGAAGCACGACACCUUCAGGAUCCACAAGUUCGGCCAGCUGCCGGUGGAAUUCCUCCACCUGGGUGUGGAGAAGGCCACCAACGUGUUGGUCUCCCACCGCUACAAGCAGCCAGACGCGACCAAUCCAUGUCUGCGAAUGAGUUGUGAUUUCAUGUGUCUGCUGAACCCGUCGGGAGCCAAGUGUACCUGCCCAGAGGGGAAAGUGCUGGUUAAUGGCACCUGUAGUAAUGUCAAUAUGUCAGGGGAGCUGUGUCGGCCUCCUUGCGAGAACGGGGGACGUUGCCUGGCCAAUGAGAAGGGAGACUGGAGGUGCUACUGCUGGCCUGAGUUCUCAGGGGAACGCUGCGAGGUUAACCAUUGCACAGACUACUGCCUAAACGGAGGCACCUGCAUGGGCUCCCCACUGGGCAAGCCGACCUGUCGCUGCCCCACCGGUUUCUCGGGGCCGUUCUGCGAGAGAAAGGUGUGCGACAAUUACUGUUUGAAUGGGGGCACCUGCGAUGUGAGCCAAGGUAACCAGCCAGUGUGCCGGUGCAUGGCGGAAUACACCGGAGACAGAUGCCUUUACCACAUCUGCCACCAUUACUGCGUGAACUCCAAGGCGUGCACGCUGUCCAGCAGUGGUUACGUGGAGUGCGUCUGUCCGGCCAGGUUCGAGGGCAACAAGUGUGAGGUGGACAAGUGUCUGCGAUGCCACGGGGCGCCGUGUCUCAUCACCGAAGACACCGGGGACGUGGUGUGCAAUUGCACCAACGGCCGGAUAGCAGCGAGCUGUCAGCUGUGUGACGGCUACUGCUACAACGGCGGCACCUGUCACCUGGACCCCGACACCAACCUACCCUUCUGCCACUGCACACCAGGGUUCAAGAACCAGCGUUGCGAUGAGCUGGCCAACCCGUGCGAUUACUUCUGUCAGAAUGAGGGGAUAUGCACAAUAACGGCCCCUAACAAACCACGCUGCAAGUGCUCGGUCAACUGGGCAGGAACCCAGUGCGAGCGACCCGCCCCCAAGAGCAGCAGAUCAGACAACACCGCUGGAGGGAGCAUAGCCAUCAUUGUACCACUGGUGCUGCUGGUCAUCCUGAUCGUGACAGUGGUGGCCGGAGUUUUCAUCUGCAAACGCAGGCAGAGGGGGAAGCGUGUGCAGCGCCAGCCCAUGACCAACGGCGGCAUCAACGUGGAGAUCGGCAACCCCUCCUACAACAUGUACGAGGUGGACCACGACAACCACGCGGACGCCGGCAGCCUGCUCAGACCCAACUUCACACUGGACCCGCACAAGGGCUGGUGUGUAAAAUCCAGUGACCCUCGUGCCUUGGGCAUCCACACUGUGCCCAAGGAGGUUAUUCCUGGACAGCCCAUGAAUUACUCCAACCCAGUGUAUGCAAAGAUAUACCUGGACGGACAGAACUGUAGGAAGCCAGUCAUCAACAUCGACGAGAGGAGAGAGCUACUCCCAAAGAAACUAGAGGGGACGAUUCGUGAAACCGCCGCAUAGCCUGACUUUAACCUUUCUACUCCUUUUUUACCGCUGUGUACAAAAUGUAUAAAAUGAAGAGAGGAAACAAAACAAGAAUUUUCUAUUUCCUAUCGGGCUCUUUCUGUUUCUUUUAAGCAUUUAGCAGCUCUUAUUUUUUAGCAUCCAGCAUAGUCUUAUUUGUGGGCUAAAAGGUUUCAAACUUCAAUUUUGUUUGAUUCAGUUAUUUUUCGGUUUUUGGUUAAUUUUUCUCAUUUGCUUUUUAAUGUGUGUCGAAAUAUAUGUCACCGCACAUACCGCGACUAUACAGUAUUGCGGUGACGUAAAACGCUGCUGACUAGCUCAACAUUUAUUAACACCAGAACUCACAUGUGCGCACAGUUGAAAACUUUAAAGAAACAGUGCUUAUAUUUGUACCAAUAUCCGUAUGUCUCUCGUUGGCGUGGAGUGAGCCUUUUCAGACCGAGGGUAACGAACCAAGGUGGAUGACCAUUUUUGUAAAGAGUAGUCCCAAGGAUAGUUUAUAUACUAUAGAGUAUUUUAAAGGGGAAGGGGUCUAAAAAACCUGUUUCAUUAUGGGUCUUUCUGUAUGUUAUGUAAGUGAGAAAUCACUUGAAAAAACGACCACUACUAAAAAUUAGCCAAUUGCAAUCAGUGCCAGCAGUGAUGUCACAACCGUGGUCUUUUUUAACUGGAUGAUAUGCAUCCUGGAAUCCCCCUCACAGAGACUCUCUAUAAUUGGAAGAGCCACUGACUUGUUGGUAUGUAGAAUGAGCCCUGGAAGAUAUAAGUAUUUCCAAAAAUUUGCAAAAUUCAAGCCGUGGCAAUGAUAUAAAAAUUGAUAUCUGUAGUAAUGAAGCGGUCACUCUUGCUUUUUCAACCUAAAGUUUGGACCAUUCGACAUAACGGCUUAAUCCUUUUGUGUUUCAUUGUGUCCCCCCCCCCCCCCAUGUCCACUUUGCAACUUCAACGUCUUAAAAACAGGUUGAGGCCCACCUUGAAUGUUCUGAGACAGUCCUGUAUCGUGUACUGUAAACGGACAAAAGGGGCAAUAUUGCAUAGCAUAUUUUUCAUGUCUGUGUAUCGAUGGACGGCUUAUGGACGCUGACGGAGGAGGAUUUACAGGCAAAAAUAAUUAUUUAGAGAGCUAUAUACACAACGCACAUCUGUUACAUUCAGAAGAAAAGGAAGAUCAUAGAUAUAAGAAAUUUUUUAAUUUUGUAUUUGAUUUGUAUGUCGUUUGGCUGCUUGUAUUUUGAAGAAAUGUAUUAAAUGUAAGUAAUUUUUUAUAUAAAAAAAAUGUAAAUCAAUAUCGAAUAAAGGGGGCUUAUUUCCA